GUUGAAAGGAGGGAACGUUGACGUUGUACAACCUCCACCACACAUCAAAUCUAUCACUUCAACAAGAUAAGGCCAAUAUGCAUAUGGCUUGUACAUUUAAAACCUACAUGCAUCUCAAAAUUGCCACAUCCUAUAAUCUUCUCUGUAUCGUUCCAAUUUGUACUUAGUCAUAUUAGUCAUGACAACGGAUAUGAAGCAAAUGUUAACAGUCCCAAGAUUUGUGCUGAAUUCUGGUCAUGAAAUGCCUCUUAUAGGCAUGGGAACAGCACCAACAGAACCUACCUUACCACCAAAGGAUCAAUUAAUCUCCAUUUUUGUUGAUGCUAUUGAAACCGGUUAUCGACACUUUGACACCGCCGCAGCCUAUGGCUCCGAGGAAGCUCUUGGCGGAGCAGUGGCAGAAGCGCUACAGCAUGGACUCAUUAAGAGCCGUGAAGAAGUGUUCAUUACAUCCAAAUUAUGGUGCACGGACACACACCCCGACCUUGUUCUUCCUGCCCUAAAAAAUACUCUCGCGAAGCUAGGGAUGGAUUACUUGGACUUGUACCUAAUACAUUGGCCAGCGAGGAUGAAGAAGAAUGACAGUGAAGAAGAGAUAAAGAUUGUAGGAAAGGAUGUACUUCCAUUUGACAUGAAAGGAACAUGGGAAACCAUGGAAGAAUGUUACAAAUUAGGUUUGGCAAAGUCUAUUGGUGUAUGCAACUUCAGCUGCACAAAACUCUCUCAACUACUGCACCAUGCCACUAUUCCUCCUGUAGUUAAUCAGGUGGAAAUGCAUGUUGCAUGGAGGCAAGAAAAGAUGUUAGAGUUUUGCAGGGAAAAGGGAAUACUUGUAAGUGCAUGGUCUCCACUUGGAGCUAAUGGAAUAGCUUUCUGGGGCAAUCAUGCUGUAAUGCAAAACCCUGUUCUCAAAGACAUUGCUAUUCAUAAACAAAAGAGCAUUGCACAGGUUGCAUUGAGGUGGGUAUAUGAGCAAGGAGUUAGUAUAUUAGUGAAGAGUUUUAACAAGGAUAGGAUGAAAGAGAACCUUCAAAUUUUGGAUUGGGAACUAAGCAAUGAAGAAAUCGCUCGGAUACAAGAAAUUCCUCAAUGCAGGGGAUUCAAAGCUGAGGUUUUUGUUCAUCCAGACGGACCAUACAAAUCGAUAGAGGAAUUCUGGGAUGGCGAACUAUAAAUGUUACUGCUAAUCAUUCUGUUUUGCAGUUUUUUUUAUUGUUUAUGUAGGUGUACAAGAAAGGUUGAAAAAUUAACUCAAACCAAUUUAAUAAGUCGACAUGAUUUCUCAUUUGGAAUGGUUUGUAAUGCAACUAUAAUUAAAUUGAAUAAUUGGUUUGAUUUGGUAGCAAUUAAAAUGUACAAAAUUGAACCGUUACUAAAA